UCUAACCCCCCACCCCCGCCGUUGGCUGCCUCUUCCAAAGCUCCGAGCAGAAGAGGGAAGCGGCAUUUAACAAAAGGCCUUGAGGGGUUCCAAGUCCCAACUUGCCCCCGGCCCGUGGAGGUGUGACUCGGUUUGACUAUCUGUAGAGUGGGGAGACUAGUCCCCUCCCUGUGCAUGGGGAAGCUGUGAGGCGGCACGAGAAGACCACGCGCUCGCAGCCGAGCCCGUCCGCCGCACCCCGGCCUGGGAGCAUCUCUGUCCGCCGCACCCCGUUUUCUGCGGCGGCGUCUUCGUUCUUUUCUGCACUUGGGAACUUGGAACGCACCCCUGCCGCCGCCUCCCCGCCAAGCCACGCCCCGCUGGGGGCGCGCCGGAAGUGCUCCUACGGAAGCCGGCGGGGCGGCGCGCGCCUCUUCGCCAUGGCGACGGCUGGGGCCCCGCGGCGCUUCUGCCGCUGCGCCUGCUUCUGCUCCGAGAACCUGUACGUGGCGCGCUACGGGCUCCACGUGCGCUUCCGGGGCGAGCAGCAGCUGCGCCGGGACUACGGCCCGAUCCUGCGCAGCCGCGGGUGUGUCAGCCCCAAGGACUUCCAGCAGCUCGUAGGAGAGCUUGAGCAGGAGGUGGAGCGACGGCAGCGGCUGGGGCAGGAGUCGGCUGCCAGGAAAGCCCUCAUUUCGCAAUCCUACCACCCGCUGAGGCCCGAUGUCUACAACAUGCUGCAGGAUGAGGCUCUGGCUCCCGAGUUUUUGGCCGCAGCUGAGUACAGCACGUCACCAGGUGCAGACUUCGAAGGCCUUCUCCAGCGGCUGGAGACGGUGUCUGGGGAGAAGCGUAUCUACCGGGUGCCGGUGUUCACAGCAGCGUUCUGCCAGGCCCUGCUGGAGGAGCUGGAGCACUUCGAGCAGUCAGACAUGCCCAAGGGAAGACCCAACACCAUGAACAAUUAUGGGGUGCUGCUGCAUGAGCUGGGCCUGGAUGAGCCGCUGGUGACGCCACUGCGGGAGCGCUUCCUGCAGCCGCUGAUGGCCCUGCUGUACCCAGAAUGUGGCGGGGGCUGGCUCGACAGCCACCGGGCCUUCGUGGUCAAAUACGCCCCGGGCCAGGACCGGGAGCUCGGUUGCCACUAUGAUAACGCCGAGCUCACCCUCAACGUGGCCCUUGGCAAGGCCUUCACUGGGGGCGCCUUGUACUUUGGGGGCCUCUUCCAGGCACCGUCAGCCCUGACCAGACCCCUGGAGGUGGAGCACACGGUGGGCCAGGGCAUCCUGCACCGGGGCGGCCAGCUGCAUGGGGCCCGGCCACUGGGCACAGGCGAGCGCUGGAACCUUGUCGUCUGGCUCCGGGCCUCUGCUGUGCGCAACCGCCUGUGCCCCAUGUGCUGCCGCAAACCCGACCUGGUGGACGACGAGGGCUUCGGCGACGGCUUCACCCGCGAGGAGCCCACCACCGUGGAUGUGUGCGCGCUGACUUGAGCGGGGCUGCGGUGGGGUAGCACGGCCAGCGAGGGCUCUGCCUCCUUGGGUUGGGCGGGACAAGAAUAAACUCCCUGCCUCCCCCAGGCCCUUCUUGGUUCGAAAGGACAA